GAUUGUUCAUUAACAAGUAGAAAUUCAUGAUGCUAAAAGCCCCAUUACAAAGCUUUCAAAAAAAUCUAAAGUGUUUCCCCAAAAAAUACAUUACAAAACACAAAAACAAUUACAAAGAGUUUCACAAAAAUUAAAGAUCCCUAAAAUUGUAAAUUAAAUAUUGGUUGUUUUCCUUCCACGCCAUAACCUAGCUGCAAAUUGACAUCGGAAAUCAGCCAUGUGUUCAGAACUGCAGUCUGGGCUUAAUGGGGUGGGGCUGCCGGCGCUGGAGCUGGAGGGGUGGGGCUGCCGGCGCUGCUAUGCUCUCGACGGAGAAGAGGGACGUGGAAUUGGAGUUGUCCGAAUUCUGUCGCUUGUGGAGGUUGAAGUGAGAGAAGGGAGAUUUGGGAAUUUUGGGAAAGAAGGUGGGAGAGGAAAAGAAUAAGAAAAAAAGGAAAAUUAAAAAAAAUUUAAAUAUAUUGGGUAGCUUGCUUGGAGGCACAUGUGGUGUGGUGCCUCUUUAGCAUUCUCCUAUAUCUUAUCUAACAAAAGAUCUCCUGGUUCGUUCAUUUACAUCGGACGAGGAGCGAGAGAGAGGUUCGUCCGGUCAAUCAUCUUCCUGCUCGUCUGGCCCCGUCGUCCGUCGAUAAGGCAGCGACUUCAUCACCGCGAUGAAGGGAGAUGACAGUGAUGCCGAUUUCGGGACUCUUGUGGAGAGGAAGGUGCUAGAGUACCUUCAUAUUAAAUGAGGAUGAGGACAAGUGAAGAAACCCCCUUGAAGAAGGUGAUGACUACCCAUGAUAUUUCUUUUUCUCUUACAGAGGCUGCCCCUACUUUUAAUUGUGAUUUUGGCAGUGGCUUUCUUCAAUUGUCACCUCACAUUUCUUGAGUAUGUAAAUUAUAUAGUGAUACUUUUGUAAAUGCAUUACAUCUUUCACAGCUCAAAGUUAUUUUCCAAUUUGCAAACUUCUACUUUUGUCAACAAGUUUUAUAUAUGUAUCCGGAGUAGGUGAUUUUGUAAAAAAUGACCAAUUAAUUAUUUGUAAUUAACCUUUGUAUGUGUAAAACUAUAUCAUGUUCCCAAUUGUAUACUAUAUGAAAACAAAUUCUAUUGGUCCUU